AGACAGCUCUGCAGAGAGAGAAAAAGAGAGAAUUUGAGAGUGGGGUGGCAUGGGGGGAGGACUGGAGGGGGUCCUCCUUUUUUACAUUUAGAGUUGGGUGAGUGAGAGGGAGAGGGAGUGGGAGAGAAACUCAAGUAAUACCGACACGGACCACGCGCCACAGAAGACGGACGAAGGCACGAGACAUGAUCCAAGGAUUGAGGUGCCCGUGGACAUAAGCGUAACCCCCACAGGUAAUGGCUGGGAUAAGCGUAAAAGCCCCGACAGACAGCAGAUAAUAUGCCAUCGAAGUCGGCAAGGCUCACGCUCCGUGGCACGAUAUGGCACGCGUAAAGAUGGGUGUCUUCGCUCUCCUGUGUCUCUCCGCAUGCCUCGUGCUCACCCACAGCAGCAUCCACGAGAGGUCGGCGGUGCCCCGCGCCGCGCCCCGCUCCGUGGCCCGCAUGGACGGGGACGUGAUCAUCGGCGCGCUCUUCUCUGUCCACCACCAGCCGUCCGCCGAGAAGGUGGCCGAGCGGAAGUGCGGGGACGUCCGGGAGCAAUACGGUAUCCAGAGGGUGGAGGCCAUGUUCCACACGCUUGACCGCAUCAACGCCGAUCCACACCUCCUCCCGAACAUCAGCCUCGGCUGUGAGAUCAGGGACUCCUGCUGGCACUCCUCUGUCGCCCUGGAGCAGAGCAUCGAAUUUAUCCGGGACUCCCUCAUCUCGAUUCGGGAUGAUAAGGACGGGUCCAAAUGGUGCAUUGACGGAACCCCGUCUAACCAGCCGCCGCCCUCUAAGAAACCCAUAGCAGGAGUCAUCGGCCCCGGAUCAAGUUCUGUGGCCAUUCAGGUGCAAAACCUGUUACAGUUAUUCAACAUCCCACAAAUCGCCUACUCUGCCACAAGCAUAGACCUGAGUGACAAGACUUUGUUCAAGUACUUCCUAAGGGUCGUUCCUUCAGACACUCUGCAGGCCCGGGCCAUGCUGGACAUCGUCAAACGCUACAACUGGACCUACGUGUCUGCAGUCCACACUGAGGGAAACUACGGGGAGAGCGGCAUGGAGGCGUUCAAGGAGCUGGCCUCUCAAGAGGGCCUAUGCAUCGCCCACUCAGACAAGAUCUACAGCAACGCCGGGGAGAAACACUUUGAUCGCCUUUUGAGGAAACUACGGGAACGUCUACCCAAAGCUCGUGUGGUGGUGUGUUUCUGUGAGGGCAUGACGGUCCGCGGUCUCCUGAUGGCCAUGAGACGACUUGGGGUGAACGGGGAGUUCCUCCUGGUUGGCAGUGAUGGAUGGGCUGACCGCUAUGAGGUCGUGGAGGGUUAUGAGCAGGAGGCAGAGGGAGGGAUCACCAUGAAGCUGCAGUCUGAGGUGGUGAAGACCUUCGAUGACUACUACCUGAAGCUGCAGCUCGACAAAAACACCAGGAACCCCUGGUUUGCCGAGUUUUGGCAGCAUCGAUUCCAGUGUCGCCUCCCCAGGCAUCCGCUGGAAAACAAGAACUACGAAAAAGUCUGCUCUGGAAACGAAGACCUACACGAGAACUACGUUCAAGACAGUAAGAUGGGUUUUGUCAUAAAUGCCAUCUACGCCAUGGCUCACGGCCUGCAUGAUAUGCACAAGGAGCUGUGUCCGGAUCAGCCAGGACUCUGUGAGGCAAUGGAUCCAAUUGAUGGCAGCAAGCUGCUGGACUACCUGCUCAAGACGUCCUUCAAAGGAGUGUCGGGGGAGGAUAUUUACUUUGACCAAAAUGGAGACACUCCAGGCAGGUAUGACAUCAUGAAUCUCCAGAAUGUGGGUGGCUUUGACUACAUAAAUGUAGGGUCCUGGCAUGAAGGCAUCCUUUACAUGGACGACAACAAGCUGUGGAUGAACAGCAGCGAGAUAGUUCGCUCAGUCUGCAGUGACCCUUGCUCCAAAGGACAGAUUAAGGUGAUAAGGAAAGGGGAGGUGAGCUGCUGUUGGAUCUGCACGACCUGCAAGGAUAACGAGUAUGUUCAAGACGAGUUUACCUGCAAGGCCUGCGAGCUAGGAUGGUGGCCCGAUGAAGAGCUGGCAGGCUGCCAGCCCCUGCCUCUGAAGUAUCUCGACUGGGCCGACGUGGAAUCCAUUGUCGCAGUCGUUUUCUCCUGCGUCGGCAUCCUGAUCACCUCCUUUGUCACCUUUGUGUUCAUCCAGUACCGUGACACGCCUGUGGUGAAAUCCUCCAGCAGGGAACUCUGUUACAUCAUCUUGGCAGGCAUAUUCUUGGGUUACAUCUGUCCGUUCACCUUAAUUGCUCGCCCCACGGUCGCCUCCUGCUAUCUGCAGAGACUCUUGGUGGGCCUUUCUUCUGCCAUGUGCUACUCUGCCCUGGUGACUAAAACGAACCGAAUUGCUCGUAUUCUGGCUGGCAGCAAGAAGAAGAUCUGCACCAGGAAACCACACUUCAUGAGUGCCUGGGCCCAGGUCAUCAUUGCCUUCAUGCUUAUCAGCGUGCAGCUAACUCUCGAGAUAACACUCAUUAUACUGGAGCCUCCUGAGCCCAUCAAAUCGUACCCGAGCAUAAGUGAGGUCUACCUCAUCUGCAACACCAGCAACUUAGGCAUGGUGGCGCCACUGGGGUACAACGGCCUGCUCAUCAUGAGCUGCACCUACUAUGCCUUCAAGACACGGAACGUUCCUGCCAAUUUCAACGAGGCCAAAUAUAUUGCCUUCACAAUGUACACUACCUGCAUCAUCUGGCUUGCCUUUGUGCCAAUCUAUUUCGGCUCAAACUACAAGAUCAUAACCACAUCGUUCUCCGUCAGCCUGAGUGUAACCGUGGCGCUGGGCUGCAUGUUCACGCCCAAGAUGUACAUUAUCAUCGCCAAGCCCGAGAGGAAUGUCCGAAGCGCCUUCACCACAUCCGACGUGGUGCGCAUGCACGUCGGCGAUGGGAAGUCUGCGGCUCAGUGCGGCAGCAACAACUUUCUAAACAUGUUCCGCCGGAAGAAGGCUGUGUCUGGAAAUGCCAAUUCUAAUGGCAAGUCUGUGUCAUGGUCUGAAUCAGGUCCAAGACACCCUCCGAGGGGGGGGAAUGUGUGGCACAGACUGUCUGUGCAUGUGAGGAAACAGGAAGCCGGCUCGAAUCAGACAGCGGUCAUCAGGCCCCUAACUAACACCCCCGACCCCCACAGUUGUGAGCCCUCCACCAGCAACCUUGGCACAGACCCCCACCCUCCCCAGGACACGCCUGGCGCCAAGCCUCCGUGCAAUCAGGCGGAGGAAGACGGCGAGGGGGAUGCGCAGCGCCCCCUCUGGACUCCGCCUUGCUCUGAACAGAGGCGAGCACCGGAAUUUGAUAUAGAUGAGCCGGCUUCUAAUCUGCCCUCUGACUUUGCACGCCCCACCCGUGAGUGCUUUCAGGGUGCCAUGGUGGACACACAAAGCUCCCACAUCCCCGCACUAAAAAAACGCACCGCUAGGGAGCAGAUUCCUGCCAACGAGCCUUUAAGCCGAAUACCCUCUCAGCUUCCUUCAUCCCCAAGACUGGGGGACUUUGGAGACGAAGUGUCUGAGGACGAGGAACUGGACCUCUUGCACAGCUAUAUUUAUGAUGCCAAGGAAGAGCGGGAGGGGGAGGUAGGAGAAGGUGAGGAUUUACCUCCGAAUAAGACCAAUUUGGAAGAAUCCCUGGCCCUGUCUCCCCCCUCCCCCUUCAGAGACUCUGUGUGUUCAGGGGAGUCGGCGAGUGGCUCCCCCAUCAUCGAUUCCAUGCUCGGUAGCUCGAUCUACGCCUCAAGUAUCCUACAGAACUUUGCACACAGCUCCUCAACACUGUGAGAGCAGAACCGACAAAACUCCAGUGGACAUUUCCUCCAAAACAUCCAGAUACUCACAGAAAACAACUUUUCAAUUUUUUUUUUUACCGGAUAAUUUGCUUGCUUGAUUUAUUUCCUUUAUUAGUAGGUGAGUAAAACGAAUGUGUAAGUAUAAAUACACAGGGAAUAAUUUACUGUAAGAGUGCUUUUGGGAAGGGUUGUCAGAGCACAAUGCUAUUUUGAAAAAAUGUAAAACAGUGAAGCAGGCUAAAGCCGAUUGGAGGCUUGUGCUAUGAAGCAGAUUUAAUGGCUUAAUGAUGUAGGUUAGGUUUCCAAAAUAAGAGAUCAACAAAUACGAAGAAACCAAAAGGUCACCAGUGCCCAGACAGUGACCGAGUCUCUUCUGUUUCUCUUUGAGUUACACAGUUAAGUUUUAUUAAGUGGCCAUUCAUAACGUAGAUUUAUUUUAGAGCUUAAAUGUCUGAAAAUCAACCUAAACAUUUACAGUAACCCGAUGAGCUUCACUUUGAAUUGUAUCUAUGGUUAAGAAUGUGUGGGAGGGUUAUUUUCUUAUGAUUUGAACUUUUUCUCAGGCCUCAGUAACAGGAACCAUCUUUCCUCGAAACACUGGACACCCAUUAGCAUCUUUUUAUAGUUAUUUGGAGUUGGGCAGAGGCAUUGCCAUUAUUUAGCCAAUACCUACACAUAGUGUCAAAGUUAGCUUGAACAAAAAUAAUAGUAGAAGUCAAUUUCGGUUUGUCCAUUUAAUCAACCUUUCAACUACAUUCAGAGAUUAAUAAACAUCCUUAUCUAGACAUACUUUCAUUUCUCACUUUUCAAAAACAUGUUCUUAAUGUUUAGUGGUUCUCAACUGGUCUGGCUUCAGGAUCCAUCACCACACCUUAGUGAAAACUCAUGAAUCAAACUAAGUCAACUGCUGAACAAUUUGGAAUUGAAAGAAGAGCAAAAGUGCGAUUAGAACCGUAGAUGGUAGAAUGGGAAUAUACAGAAACUUUGGCCUUUUUUAUAACAAACUUAGCAGUGCCUUCAUGAUCAAACAUGAAAUAAUACAAGAAUUAGCCUAAUAACUUAAAAUGUGUAAAAUUAGCUGAGUACACUCUCACCAGGUAAAUAGCUCCUCUUUAAAAGGUGCUAUUGCAUCUAUUCAGUCACUUAUUUAGACAUUUCUCACAAGGUUGACAUGAUGAGUAACAACCACUUUUAACAGAUUCUGUUGAAAUUUUUAUGCUUAAUACAUUAAAUGAAAAAGGGCAACUAUGAUCAAAGAAGAACAUCCAUAUCUCAUCCGGUCUGCAUUAUACCUGCAUUUUAACAUGUUCAGUUACCAUAGAUAUUAUAUAUAUAAUGUGAAUAACUGGUUUCAAACGAAGGUCCAUUCAUCUGAAUUCACAAGAUAAUUCAAAGUGCUUUACAUGAAACUAAAGUAGUUGAGUGAAGAAAAUGACAAUAGUCUUAGACUACAUUAAAAGAUUAAUAGUAACUUUUAAGCAACACAUAAAAUAAAUCAUUGCAAAUUAAAAUUAAUAGCUAAUUUGUAUGAGGGAUGAAGCAUAAUUAAGGUAAUGCAAUAUGCAACGAUAAAUCUAUUUGUACUUUAGUAAUGUGGCAUUGAUAUUGGUAAGCUUAUUAAUCCCUGUACUUUUUUUUUUACCCAGCUUUGCCAUCUGCCUCUUUAUUGUCAUUGAUCCAACAAUUUCAAUCCUAUUAAUCUUACAUAAAGGGAUGGACAUCCAGAGCCAUUAAACUUGGACUGACCAAGUUUUAGCUGAGC